CUACCCAGGCUAACUGUGAGGUUAUGCGUCAUCAAUUUACAUGCAACAGUUUUUUUUUACAAAGGAACAGAACCCAAAGGCAUUAUACCACAGGGUGGUGCUCGGAUUUGUCAAACCUACAAAAACAAAGUUCAUUUUGCAACAAUGUAUGACACGAGAAACCGUAUCCCAAUAUAUUCUGCCUACAUACAUACAAAUGGAAGUAACGGUCUCAUAGAUCUGAAAAGAGAAAAGAAUAUGGUAAUAGAGUCAAGCAACACUACCGAAGAAGCUAAAGAUCGUCAGGCAGUAUCAAAAGAUUAUACAGCAGUAGAUGCCACUAGAUAUGAUCGGGGUCACCUAAGUCCAUGUAUGCACCACAAUAAUGAUGACAGCAGGACAGCAACUUUCACCUUGACUAACAUUGUGCCUCAACGUACCAUACUAAACCAGGGACAGUGGAAUCAUUAUGAAACUGAAAUAAUGCAACAAUUUGUGAAUGGAUGUUAUAGAACAUAUGUUAUUGUUGGAGUGAUUCGAGGAAAGAGCAAGAUAAACAAUCGGGUUAAUGUGCCUAGUCACCUCUGGACUGCUGCUUGCUGUGUAAAUGACAGUAACAAUCCUAUAAAUUUCCUUGGUUACAUUGCCAAAAAUGAUAACAACGCAGUAGAAGAUAUAAAUCUUGAAACAUUACAGGAGCAAAUAGAGCGUGAUACUAAGAGAAGUGUGACUUUGUUUGAAAAUAACUGUAAUUGAAGCAGAAAUACCCACAGCCAAAUGAUUUUGUCUUAAAAUCCUGUUGAAAGUUUACAAGAAAUAACAUUUCCAAAAUUGCCUGUUGUCAUUGAUCUCACAAAGUUGA